AUGGAAGAAACCGAUGAAAAUUACGUUCCUGAGGAAGCGGAAGAAGCAGCGAUGCAGAUUUUGCCAGAAAAGUCCCGAAAUGCUUACGACAAGGAGUUCAAAAUGUUUGAGUCUUGGAUUAAUUCACGGAAGAUAAAUGAAGAGGAUCCCACAGCACCAUCAGACGUACGACUCAUCGACUGGCAAAUAUCCAAAACGGCCUCUCCAGCUCUGGACCUGGUUUAUUUCUUCCUAGUGCAUAGCCCGAAAGAAAUCCUGUACGACUACGAAAGUUACCUGAAGGUAUACUAUGCAACUCUCAGCAAAAACCUGCGGGAGUUUUCUUGCGAAGCCGAGAAAGUAUUUCCGUACAGUACUUUGCUGCAGCACUGGAAUAAGAAAGCAAAAAUCGGGCUUUACAUGUCGUUCAUGGUACUGAAGUUGAUGCUGUGCGAUUCUGAGGAAGCUCCAGAUUUCAGUGAGAUUAGUGAUAGCGGCAAGGGUGUGUUGAGUUUUUUUGAUUUUGCUACUAAAGCUACUGGCACUUUCGAAACGAGGAUUAGAGAUUUGGUGGAAUUUUGUAUAGCAAAGGGAUAUGUAUGAAUUGAUUCAUGUGAAAAUUGGAGCAGAACUUAGAUUUAGCCAGGUUGUGUACAAAUAACUCUAGUUGAUGAGCCUUCAGAAAUGUUUAUUUUCCCCUCCACCUCUAUCUACAGUUCCAUUCAUGAAGUCGGUAACCUAUAGCCGUAGAUCUGGCGAAGAAUUUUGAGGAGGUCCUUUUGGCAAGUUGAAAUUGUCAAAAACAUAAUUUCGUAAAAAUGGAAGAAUUCAGUCUCGCAAGUCUGGUAGCAUAAUAAUAUAACAUUCGAAAAAUACCUCAAAAAACAUUCUUUGGCAUCUUGAUUCCUUUUUAACCAUCCAAUUUAGUUUUUUUUCAAUUUGAAAUUUGAAAUGGCAGACGUUUUUGUCGGUGAUGAAGUAUUACCAGUCCUCUUCAAAAAUAUUAACAUUCUUUUGGCACUCGAUUUUUUUUUAACUUCCAAUUUGGUAUUUGUUCAAUUCGAAAUAAAAAAUCUCAGUUUUUGUUGUCGGGUAUGAACUUUCACCAGACCUCUUCAAAAAUAUUACAUUGAAAUUCCAGGAAAAUAUAAUUUUGAUAAUCUGAAAUUUGAAUCGCGUAUUUAUUAAGUAAUUUCGAUGAAACCUGCAUAUCAGACGUGAAUGAUGUUUUCUCGUAAUAUUUUGUGUGAGAACAAUCGUAGCAGUGUGCAAAAUCAUCAAGUGUUUCUAUAUCUCUUUUGAAGAUCUGAAAUCCAAUCAUUUUUUGAGAUUUAUCAUUUAUCAUUGAUCAC